CUAAAUCACAACGAUACCAGUUUCUAAUCCGGCCAGCUAGUCCUACAAAUUUUGAGCCAGUUUCAGAGUUUUCUAGACGGCGUGCGUUGUUCUUUGGCUUGCCAUGGUCGAGCCGUCCGCGUCAGGGCAGAGCACUCCUGGGACUCCAGCACAAGCGCGGAGCUCCAUUCCGCUGCUGGGCGCGGCAGUCAUCGGACAGCAGCCGCUCGGGAUGGACGACGCUGCCCGCCACAUUGGCCAAUUCGCAAGGUUGGAUGCCAGGCAGCAAUUGGACUACCUUCGUCAGCUACUCGCAGUAUGCACGCCAAGGACGCUGUUCGAGUUGUCAAACAUUGUGAUUGUCGAAUCAAGAUUGGAUUUUGUUAGUUACCUGCCGUACGAGUUGGCCGAGCUGGUUUUCGCACACUUGGAUUUGACGUCGCUCGCUUCGGCUUCGCUCGUGUGCCGCAGUUGGCGAGCGUUCAUCUUGGGAGCCGAUCGACUCUGGCGAAGCUUUUGCAAGGAUUUUGCAUUUACUGGCUACAUUCAAGAGCUUCUCAAGCUCGAAACGCAAGAAACCGGAGCCAUCGACGGACUGAGCCAACCCGCGCAGGCGCUUGUUCACGCCCAAGCACGCAUGCUCGAGGAAGUCGAUAAAGAGCAAACAGCACGGGAUGGCAUCUGUCGAGCGGCGAGUCGCCGUGCGUUCAUUCUGGCGCAUCGAACAUGGCACGGCUGCUUUCGCAAAGCGCAGGAAUGGUAUGGUGUUGACCACGCACAAAAGCGCUUCAUCCGAUUCGGUGGGCACGAGCUUCGAAUACUUUCCAUCGAGGCUCUUGGCCAAGAUCGCUUUGUGACUGGCUCGCAGGACAGAUCGGUGCGCGUAUGGGACUUGAAUUCUUUGUCCAUGAUCUCUAGAAUCAGCUCUAGCACUGUGAGCUGCCUGCACACCGACCCAAAGAAUCAACACGUUUACGUGGCAUCGUUUGACGCAACAAUCAGUUCAGUCUCGCUGGAGUCUGGUGUCGUUGCUGCUCUAUACCGUGGUCACACGUCGGCAGUGAUUGCCUUUGAUCUUUCGCCCAAGCAUGGCUUGAUGGCCACCGCUGCUCACCUUGGGAAUGUGUUCUUCUGGAACUUGAAAACCGGCCAAACUUGUGCAGGAAUUUAUCGCCAGCCAGUCUUGCUUGGUAUUCGACUGCUGCAGCUAGGCUCAGAUGCUCUGACAGAACUUCAGCUAGCGCGACAACAACAACAGAGUCGUCAGACUUUGCCCGACACGAAACUCGAUGAAGACAACGAGCCGCCACUGCCUUUCGUGCAACAUGGUGUCGAUCUUGGCACCACGCCCGCAAUGCUCCAUCGCAACAAUCGUCCAGAACACUGGCCAACGACGACGGUCGACUCGAGCUGCAUUUGCGUGACGGUGGCGAAAGAUGGCGUCGUGCGGUUUUGGCCGGCGUAUCCGGCGAGUACAGAGCUUAUACACGCAGCAUAUCUCGGGUCACCUAUCGGCUAUGUCGACUUUUUCGAGGAUGAAAUGGCCGUCCGGUUUCCAGACAACUUGGUGGUUGUUUAUCGCCUCCCAUCCCUCACACCCCGACUCGUUAUUCGGCACAAGCACCCAAUCUCGAUCGUUCGAUGCUGUCCGCCGUUUCUUUGCGUCGUAUCUGGCGCAUUUGUUCAUGUGUACGACUUUCAAGCGGGAUCAAUCAUUGCCGUUUUGUCCGUCCCUCACGGCUUGGUCACUCAGGUGUGGUUUUCACAAGCCCACGCUGUGCUGAUUGUUGCUUCCAAUGAUCAGUUGUUUGCGUUUCCGCUUUGGACCCCGCUUUGUUGACAACGCUCUGUACAGUCGAUUUAGAUAGUUUGUUGUUGCCAAUCCAAUUGUACUCGGGGAUUCUUGUAGCAACGAUGAAAAUACCAUGUAUUUC